UCAAAAUCCCCAAUUUCACUCCACUCUAGGGUUCGACGGAGGGAUGGACAUGGAAGAGGAGCACGACGGCUGCACUUCCCUCGUAGCAUCCCAUUGCGCAGUCAUGGCUGAAAAUCCAUCGACUGCACCUCCAGAAGGUGAGCCAGGAUCCAAAAGGCAAAAACUGUCCACCGUCGCCGCCUCCGACGAUGAAAAAAUUCAGGACGCCGCUCCGACGCUUCCUAGAAAGCCUAGAUACAAGCGCCGCAAAGUGGCGAUUUUCUUCGCCUAUUGCGGCGUGGGAUACCAAGGGAUGCAGAAAAACCCUGGCGCCAAGACCAUCGAAGGAGACCUCGAAGAAGCACUCUAUCUUUCCGGGGCAGUUCCCGAGCAGGACCGAGGCCAACCCAGGCGGUACGACUGGUCGAGGUCCGCUCGAACAGAUAAAGGCGUCAGUGCCGUCGGCCAAGUUGUCUCGGGACGGUUCUACGUAGAUCCUCCAGGCUUCGUGGAGCGCUUGAACACUUAUUUGUCGCCACAGAUUCGGAUAUUUGGGUACAAGCGGGUGACGCAGGCUUUCAACGUGAAGAAGUUUUGCGAUCGGCGAAGGUACGUUUAUUUAAUUCCGGUUUUCGCGCUUGAUCCUUCGCGUCACCGUGGUGAAAUUGAUAACUGCUUGGAAUGUGCGGAGAGGGGAGGGAAUGUUCUUGGCGCGACAGGGAAAUCUGUUGUUGAAUCGGAAACUGUAGUUGAAGCUGUUGAACUUGGUUCAGGCAUUCUGUCGAACACUGAAAGUGCUUCGGUGGAAGAGAAGAUUGAAAAGGUGCAUUCUUCUGAUGACGAUGGAACUGUGAAUGUUGAUUCUGAAAAGAAUUCAAUUAAUGGAACAGAGGAGAUUAAAGCUGAUUCUUUGAAUUCAAACACUUUGUUGAACUGUUCUACUGGAUCAGCAGAAAAGGCGAAUGACAAUGGUGAUGAUCGUAGCCAUACUGGUGAUGAAACUUCGAAGAUGAUGGAAUGUAAAUCCAAUGGCGAAGAAUCUUCCGAAACAAAGAGUGAGUUCUGCUACGACAACGCUGUAAGGGAAAGACUCAAUCGAAUUCUCAAGUACUACGAGGGCACCCAUAACUUCCAUAACUUCACAACCAGAACAAAAGCUGAAGACCCUUCAGCCAAUCGAUACAUUUUGUCAUUCAACGCAAACACUGUGAUCAAUGUUGAGGGAAUCGACUUUAUCAAGUGUGAGGUAGUGGGGCAGAGCUUCAUGCUCCAUCAAAUCCGAAAAAUGAUCGGUCUUGCUAUUGCAAUCAUGAGAGACCUUACACCCGAGCCAACUAUCGAGACAGCCUUUCAAAAGAAAGUGAAUCUAAACGUGCCCAUGGCGCCAGAAGUUGGGUUGUACUUGGACGAGUGCUUCUUCACAUCGUACAACAAGAAAUGGGGAGACUCCCACGAAGAGCUCUCCAUGAAAGAUUAUACAGAAGUAGCCGAGGCCUUCAAGAUGAAGUACAUUUACUCCCACGUUGCUUCUUCCGAAAAGAAGGAUGGGGUUGCGGCUCUUUGGUUGCAUUGCCUCAACCGUCACUACCCGGAAGCAGACAAUGUUCAUCUUCACGAAACAACAGACACCCUGCCGAGCUCUGAUGAGAAGCCUAGCGACGCCAUAACCACGGACGAGUGAGUCAAAUAACAACUAAUCUAUUUUAUGCAUUCAAAAUUUUAAUCUUUUGAGUCUUGUUUUAGAACCUUAUCAUAGCUUAGGGUUUAAUUUAUACACUCUGUAGAACCCUCAACAUAUCCAUCAAGAUGGAAUUUUUAUGUAUCUUCAAUCGGAGAUUAUUAAGUUUAAGGAUGUCAGUCGAAAAAUUGAAAAA